AACCAUCGCCUAUAUAUACUCUUACACACUUUAUUUGUGAAUCCUAAAUUAACUCAGAAACAAAAAGACUCAUUAAAAUAUUCUCUCUUUCACUUAGAGAGAAAAAAAGAAAGGUGAAAGAGGGGGUGCUUUUGCUUUUCUUUUGGAAUCUCGAGGUUCGGGAUUGAAGAGGCAGCGUAGCGAAAAUGGGAGCUGGUGGUCGUAGUAUGUCUGCUCCAACUGGAAAGACCGAAGAAAAGAAGGAUCCUCUUCAAAAGGUACCAACCUCAAAGCCCCCUUUCUCGGUUGGUGAUAUCAAGAAGGCCAUCCCACCUCACUGCUUUCAGAGGUCUCUCGUUCACUCGUUCUCGUAUGUCGUGUACGACCUCAUACUCGUCUCCAUCAUGUACUAUGUCGCCACCACUUAUUUCCACCUCCUUCCAUCCCCAUUUUGCUACCUUGCAUGGCCUAUUUACUGGAUCUGCCAGGGUUGUGUUUGCACCGGAAUUUGGGUUAUCGCUCAUGAAUGUGGCCACCAUGCCUUUAGUGAUUACCAAUGGGUUGACGACACUGUCGGGCUUAUCCUUCAUUCCGUUCUGAUGGUGCCAUACUUCUCUUGGAAAUAUAGUCAUCGUCGCCACCACUCCAACACCGGGUCCCUCGAGCGUGAUGAGGUUUUCGUGCCUAAGCCUAAAUCCCAACUCGGAUGGUAUUCCAAGUACUUGAACAAUCCACUGGGCAGGGUUAUCUCACUUACCGUCACCCUCACUCUUGGUUGGCCGUUGUACUUGGCCUUCAAUGUAUCCGGCAGACCUUAUGACCGAUUUGCAUGUCACUAUGACCCUUAUGGCCCAAUCUACAACAACCGCGAGAGGCUACAAAUCUUCCUUUCUGACGCUGGAGUUCUUGGAGCUUGUUUCUUGCUAUACCGUAUUGCCUUGAUCAAAGGUCUCGCUUGGCUAGUGUGUGUCUAUGGCGUACCCCUCUUGAUCGUGAACGGGUUCCUUGUCUUGAUCACCUAUUUGCAACACACUCACCCGUCAUUGCCUCACUACGAUUCAACCGAGUGGGAUUGGCUAAGGGGAGCAUUGGCAACCGUCGACAGAGACUAUGGCAUUCUAAACAAGGUCUUCCACCACAUCACUGACGCUCACGUGGUCCACCAUUUGUUCUCAACCAUGCCACACUACAACGCGAUGGAGGCAACAAAAGCGGUCAAGCCAUUGCUUGGAGACUACUACCAAUUCGAUGGAACCCCGGUCGUCAAGGCAAUGUGGAGGGAAGCAAAAGAGUGCCUCUAUGUCGAGAAAGACGAAGCGUCUCAAGGCAAAGGCAUUUUCUGGUACAAAAACAAGCUCUGAACUCUGAGAAAAGAACUCUGCUUGCUUUGAAUGGGUCUUUUGGUAAUGUUUGGUCUAAGUAAGUAUUUUGGACUAUAUUUAAUUUAGCUAGUGCUUUCUGUUCUUGUUAGUAAGGGAGGUUUAUGUUUGAUGGAGCUGAGGAAAAUAAGGAAAAAAAUAAGAAAAAUAGCAGAAGAACAAAGUGCAUCCUCCACCUCCCUUUAGUAUGUAACCUUUAUGUAAUGAACUGCCAGUUUUAAACUA